CGUUUUUCUUUUUGUUCAGGUUCAACCUAGGUUCGCCCCAGUUCCAACCUAACCGCUGUCAAAAUGUUUCUUUAUUCGCUUAGGUUCAACCUAGGUUCGCACCAGGUUGAACUUUUUAGACGACGGGUUCGCACUGACUUCUUUUACAGUUUGAACCUGUUGCACCAAUACACUGAUAACAUACAUCUGUCAAAUCGGUUUCGUGUUUACGUUUUUAGUAACAGUUCGUAGUUGAUUUCUCGAUUGAAAAAAAGUGCAAAAAUGAGUAACCCGGGGGGAAAUCUGCUGCAUGGCGUUGUGCAGGCCGCUGUACAGGCGGUUUCCAGCUAUCUGAUGUGUGCAUCAUCAUCAUCAUCAUCAGAAUCAGACUCUGACGAUCCUGUUUUUGAAGAUCUGAUGUUCAAGGCGUGUGGUCGGAAAGAUCGGCAGAAGAGGCAUCGGGUGGAGAAUUUUGUGGAAGACGUUGUCGCCAAAUAUUCCGACGAAGAGUUCCGCCGUAAUUUCCGCCUUAAAAGAUCAACAGCGGAACAUCUCGUGUCCAGAUACGAAGGUUCUGAGUUCUAUGUUGCAAAUGCUGGCGUUGGACGUAAGAAUGUUCCGGCAAAACAACAGAUGCUUUCGUUUCUCUGGUAAGAUAUUGUUGCUUUACUUUCGUUGGUCUUCCGGUUCUUCUAGAUUGAUUGUAUCUUCGGAUUCUUUUCGGUAGCGGUGUCAUUUAAACCAUAAAUGAUUAGGUCACCAAAAGUAGGAAAAACUACCAUUUCAAUAUUAUUGUUUUCAAUCGUUCCAAAACUAUGGAAAUUAUUUUUAAUUGAGUAUCUCCAGGAGUUCCUUUUUUGAUUUCUCCUAGAGAUCCUGCCACACAAUGAGAACGGCAGGAACGGCAAAUACGGAAUCUCCUAAAAUUGCCGUUGCGUCGUUCCGUUACGAUUUGUCGUUUUAAG